AUGAGUACUCUGGAUAUAGACGUCGAAGCGACUGCCUAUGAUCAGGUCACUUCUCUUCUUCAGAGGCCAGAUCAGUUAGAGAAGUUGCCGGAACUGAAGAAAAGAGCUGAUAGGAAAAAGCUUGCCGUGGAAGCAAUGCUCCGAACUGGCGUUCAAGGCCAAUUAGAAGGUGUUCGCACCGCAAUCGCUCAUCUUCAAACCGCUUCUGAAGACGUCACAGUGGUUGCACAAGGUGUUGAAGGAAUUCGAGAACGUUUAAAACCAUUUCCGCAACUCAAGGAGAAAAUGAGAGAGCUUCGAGACGCGAAUGCGCGCCAUAGUCAGUACGCGGCCGCGAUGGAAAACUUGAAGCACAUAUUCAAUAUAAACUCGACACUUCAAGAAAUUCGCGACGCUUUGAAUGAUGAAAAGUCUGGCGGCAACUUGCUUCUCGCACAUAAACAUAUAAUGGAUUUGGAGAGAGCUCGAGAUGAAUUGCUGUCGGAAGUUCAUAAAAUGCGAAGCGCAAAUACUGAAUAUGAAAAGAAUCUUCUCAUCAAUUUCUUCAAAGGCGUCGACGAUGUUGUGAAGGAACUCGCGAGGAACAUGUGGUUCAUAAUGGGCAGAACACUCGAAAUGGUCAAGGGAAAUGAAUCCGGCGGUGGUCCGCAACAAGUGGUGACAUGUAUGCGAAUUGUCGAACGAGAAGAAAGAAUCGAUAGAUUUUAUAUGGAAAAUAGGCGAGCUUCAGCGAAUGCGUUCGUCCCCCCAGGACGACCGCGAAAGUGGAAGGAGAAGGCGCUUCAGGUACUUGAGAAGACUGUGGAGUCUCGAAUCGAAGGCAAUCAGCUCGAGGAUCGGAGUUUGAACAAAGCAUGGUUGGCAAGAUAUCUCGAAGUUUGCCGAAAUGUGAUAAUUGAUGAUUUGACGUUGGCCAAGGCGGCGAUUCCAUGCUUCCCGCCCGAAUAUCAGAUCUAUGAUCGACUUGUCUCAAUGUACCAUAAUGCUGUUUGUGCUAGACUCCGAGAAAUUGCUCAAGAUGAUUUGGAGAAGAGCGAACUCGUUCAAUUGAUGAGCUGGAUCAAAUUAUAUGGAAGUGAGGAAAUGCUCGCCCAUCCAAAGUUCAAGCUCAACGCGGCGGCCCUAUUACAAGAUGCUCCAGUUCUUCCGAGGACGACCCUCAAUGAUCUUUGCGAUGCGUUUGUUGAAAUGUCCCGAAAAGAUUUGCAACUAUGGCUCAAGAAUACGGUAUCCCAUGAGAAGGAUGAUUGGUAUAAGAAUGUGCGGCCCAGCGAGGAUAACAAUGGAUAUUUCUAUACUGAUUUGCCGAAUACGGUGUUUGGGAUGCUCAAGGAUACGGUCGCGCUUGCCAAAGAAGUUAGUGUUGAGGUUAUUCCGAGCAUCAUCAACUUGACGAUUUGCGAAUUCAACGAUCUCGCCGGACAGUACAAAGAUGCUUUCACUGCGUUCAAAUUGAAGUAUUUUGAGAAUCGCAACAAUUUCCGCGAAUUCACAUCGAAUAUGAUCGCCGUCGCCAACAAUCUACACACAUGCAUUGAAUCGACCGAAAAAUACAUGCAACAGAUUCGAUUAUCGAUGGAGGGAGAGCAGAGCGGUGUGGUGAACAGCGGCCGACGGACGAUGGUCUCGCAACAGGAAAUUAUUGAGAAUAUGGACGCGUUGAAUACGCGAUGGCGAAACGCGAUUUCGAACGCUGUGAAUUACUUGAGAGAGGAAGUUAUUGUGGACAUCAAUCCACAUUUGAGCGAGUUGUUCUCCAAGAAUUGGCUGAUGGGAUGCGCUUCACUUGAGACGAUCUGCAUGACGAUCACUGAUUAUCAUAAUGAUCAUCGGCAUUUGAGACCGGUUACGAGAUCGGUGUUGUUGAUGGAUUUGCAAUUUAGGAUUGUUAGCGAGUACUUGAAGGCGAUUGAGCAGCGGCGGCUUGUCUUGACUUGCUAUGAAGAUCGUCUCGCCGCUGGAAAACGUAUGAAGGAUGAUGUGACGAAAAUCAACGCGAUGUUCGCCGAAUUCACAUCCUACUUUGAUAUGAAUGAUCAGCUCACCAUCCUCACAUCGAUCAUCUCGAGCGCCGCCGAUGUGAUCGCGCUCAAGGAUAAAUCGAUAUUGGCGCUGGAAGCGACGUCGUUUGCGCGCAACUUUCCGAAUUGUCCCGCCGGCCUGCUAGCGGCGAUUCUGGCGACCAGAGAUGACGUUGGACGAAAUGAAGCGAGAACGCAAGCCGAAGAGGUCCUGCAACAUGUGCAAUUCCAUCCAAAGGAUCCGAUUUUCGAUCAGCUGUUCUCGCUGCGCCAACAAGAAAGCAAGGAAUGGCUUCCGAGUAUUGGCAUGGCGAACGUGUUCACGAAUUUCAUCAAAAAGGACUUUAAGAUGUGA